AUGUGUCACUCGAUUUUCGCAGAAAAGGAAUCUCAUCUUAUACCUUUUACAUUAUCAAUCAAUGUAUGUGAAGUGUCACCAUGGCAACCGACCCCUGCGUACCUGUAUGACAGCACUGAACCAGCAUGUAUUGUGUCACCAUGGCAACAGCCACCUGCGUACCUGUAUGACAGCGCUGAACCAGCAUGUAUUGUGUCACCAUGGCAACCGACACCUGCGUACCUGUAUGACAGCACUGAACCAGCAUGUAUUGUGUCACCAUGGCAACAGCCACCUGCGUACCUGUAUGACAGCGCUGAACCAGCAUGUAUUGUGUCACCAUGGCAACAGCCACCUGCGUACCUGUAUGACAGCACUGAACCAGCAUGUAUUGUGUCACCAUGGCAACAGCCACCUGCGUACCUGUAUGACAGCACUGAACCAGCAUGUAUUGUGUCACCAUGGCAACAGCCACCUGCGUACCUGUAUGACAGCACUGAACCAGCAUGUAUUGUGUCACCAUGGCAACCGACACCUGCGUACCUGUAUGACAGCACUGAACCAGCAUGUAUUGUGUCACCAUGGCAACAGCCACCUGCGUACCUGUAUGACAGCACUGAACCAGCAUGUAUUGUGUCACCAUGGCAACAGCCACCUGCGUACCUGUAUGACAGCGCUGAACCAGCAUGUAUUGUGUCACCAUGGCAACAGCCACCUGCGUACCUGUAUGACAGCACUGAACCAGCAUGUAUUGUGUCACCAUGGCAACAGCCACCUGCGUACCUGUAUGACAGCACUGAACCAGCAUGUGUUGCCAACGUUCUUCAGUCCUACUGGCCAUCCCUCGGUGCGCUUGCGUUCAUGGGGGUUGAGUGGGUCGACAAACCAUACCUCCCCUCGUUUCCUCUUUGUCCCUGCCUUGCUCUCGGCCAGACUGGCUUCUAG